GCCUCCAGUGUUCGGUUGCAAAUGAAAUGUGUGUUUGGGGAGUAGCCAGCGUUACGCAGAGGUGUGUGUGGAAAGCAGUUGGCUUGUUCAGCUGCGUUUCAUAGAGACUGACAGCUUGGAGGGUUGUGAGACUGUCGGUGUCAGUCGAGCAGGGGAUCGGUGUUGCUGUGGCCCGUAAUAACGCGGCUGUGUGGAGCGGGGCCUGGGGUGCUGAGUCUGGUGACCCAGCGGAGGUGCCCGGGAGCCGCACAAGCGCGUCUUGCGGGCGACUCCACGUUGGUGUGAGGGCCCGUUUUCCUGCGCGUUUCCACUUCAUCCCUCAGCCGGGCGUCAGUGACUCAGAACAUGAGCCACCAGGAGCCUCGGCGUCUUCCGAGUCUGCUCCUGCAGCGGCACGUUCCUGAGUCAUCGUUGUGUAACUUCCAUGGCCGCGGUUGACUCACUUGUGUUUGGUUAGAGAAACACUUAACGAAUCUCAUCACGUAGGUCUGGGUGACAAAGGGGGAGGUUUCCAGGGGCCAGGAGGUGGCUCCAACCUGCCCGGGACAUCGGGGUCCAGCCGCCUCCUCGGGGCUGGGCCGUUGUGACAGGAACAAAGGGAACGUGAGGCUUCAUCCUCCGCACCCGCGUUCCUCUUCAGCCGCUUUUCCCCGGUUGGGUUGCUAAGUUACAGCUGAAAUACAGUCAAGGUUAGGAAGCAGUCUUCAGUUUGGUGUGAUUGCAUGUGCCAGAGGAUGUUUGCUUUGAACCACGCUGCCAUGAUGUUUUCUGUCACAGGCUCCCCCGUGUCCCUCCCUUCGUUCUCUGUCUCCAGAGCAGCGCUGUUCUCCCGCCGCGCUCGCUGCGAGCUCCUGCUUGUUCUGCACGAGCCGCACGGAGCGUCCCACGGCCCGGCAGCUUCCCGGCAGCUUCCCGGCAGCUUCCCGGCAGCUUCCCGGCAGCCCAGGUCUGUUCAGAGAAGGGGGAAUAGCAGGUUCCUCCCCGUACAACCAGAGCUGCUAAAUCCCGCUCCCACUUUCUUGCAAAGUAUUAAGUGUCUAUAAAUAAAUUCUCCGAUGGGGCUGACAGAGCCAGCGCAGCCCCUUACUGUCAAAAAGGAAAACAUGUACCAACAAGGAAUCUAAAAUAAAAUUUGCCCUUCAUGUUUUCAUUUCCUGCUUCCAUUUAAAGGCUUUCCCGUUAAAUGUUUUGUCUCCCGCUGAGAUGACAGCUGAUGCUGCGCCUUAUUUACGGGCGCAGGGCCGGGGCGCUGUGCCAGUUCUCCUGGAAGGAUCAGCGUGAACCGGAGCGCAGCACGGCCAGUGAGUCCUGGCGCUGGAGCAAUCGCUGCCAGCGCCGCCCCGGCACUCCCACCCACUCCGCUCAGCCUCCCAGAGCAGCCUCCAGGCGAUUGCACAGGGAGCAGAGCACGGCCAUGCCUUCUGGGAAGCCUCGCACCGACCCUUCUCCCUCCACCCCUCGCACACGCGGCUUUGCCUCCCCCAGCACCCAAGGGCGCCUCUCCCGCCAGCUCAGCUGCCAGCUGGACAUUCCAGGCGCAGGGUCAGCUGAUGGCACAAGUGCCCGGGGCUCCCCUGCUCCCUCAGUUCUCGGCCUCUGAGCGCAGUGAGCGGCAGCAGGAACCGCGGCACAGGCAGCGCCCGAGCCCCCGCGCCCCCGCAGACACCGUCGGUGACAACCCGGAGCAGGCGCCGACUGCUCCGAACCCCCCGAGCCCCCGUCGCUGCCACUGAGGAGGAACGAGCCCCUGUCCGCCCCUGGCCAUGGUGGGGCAGAGCCCCCUGGACCCCCGUGCGGGCAGGACCCCCGUCCUGCUGGAGCCCUUCGUCCACCAGGUGGGCGGCCAUGUGAGCGUGAUGAAGUACGACGAGCACACGGUCUGCAAGCCCCUGGUCUCGCAGGAGCUGAGCUUCUACCAGUCGCUGCCGCUGGCCAUGAGGCAGUUCACGCCGCAGUACAAAGGCAUCGUUUCCGUGCACCUCAAGAGGGACAACCUGGGCAACCCCCAGCUGCUCGCCAGCCCCAGCAUGCAGCCCGAGGGCUGCGGCCGGCGGGACGGCGCCAUCGACCCCUCGCUCGCCAUAUGGCACAAGUGCGCGUGGGCGGCCGGCGGCGACAGCGCGCUCGUCACCUGGAGCCACUCGCAGCUCAGCAAGAGCUUCCAGGACAGCCGCCCGGGGAAGCUGCUGCUGCGGCCGGAGCUGCAGUACCGCACAGACCCGCUUCUGGAGGACGGGAACGGGAACCAGGCAGAGAGAAACAGCUCCAACCCCUGGGGACUGCGCUGCCACCGGCAGCACCUCAGCCGCCUGUCCGCCAAGCACAGCGAGAACAAGCUGCACCAGUUUCUAUUGCUUGAAAACGUGGUAUCGAAAUACAAGUACCCCUGCAUCCUGGACCUGAAGAUGGGAACCCGGCAGCACGGCGACGACGCCUCGGAGGAGAAGAAAGCCCGGCACAUCAAGAAGUGCGAGCAGAGCACGUCCGCGUCGCUGGGCGUGCGCGUCUGCGGGAUGCAGGUCUACCAGGCGGACAAGGGCCACUUUCUGUGCAGGGACAAGUACUACGGCAGGAAACUCUCUGCGGAGGGGUUCAGGCAAACCCUGCAGCAGUUCCUGUGCAACGGGAACCAGCUCCGCACCGAGCUGCUGGAGCCCAUCGUGCUGCGGCUCAAAGCGCUGCUGGCCGUCAUCAGGAGGCAGAGCUCGUACCGCUUCUACUCCAGCUCCCUCCUCAUCAUCUACGACGGGCAGGAGCCGAAGGAGAACGCGGCACCCUUGGAUAAUCACCUCCACUUCCAAAAGCCAAACUGCGCCACGUCCCACAGCACCAACCCCUCCAGAGUCGACGUCCGGAUGAUUGACUUUGCCCACACCACAUUUAAAGGCUCCAAGUGCAACCACACCACGUAUGACGGGCCAGACCACGGCUAUAUUUUCGGCCUGGAGAAUCUCAUCAAAAUCCUGCAGAAUAUCUCAGAAGGAAAAUGACAAAUUCUGCGAGACGGCCCGGAUUUGGUAGUGACCGAUAGCCCUGAGGGACGGCGCCUCAGCUCGGGGUGCCGCGGCAGCACUGACAGCUUGCUUGGGAAGCGCAGGAUCGCCGUGUGCCGUUACUGAACUCGAGCGUGAAGAGCAAAGAGCUGAAAGCACCUGCGAUCAGCCACAAGAUUUACUUUCCUUUCUUGUUUUACUGCUGCCCUUGAUUUAUUCGCGAGCCAAAGGAAGCGCUACUGGAAACAGCCUUAAUGAUAAAGCUGGACCCGCUCGCCCUGCGCCGCUGGAGCCGAGAUCUGUGCGUUUGAGCGGGACUAAGAGGACGCGCUGGCGGGGCUGAGCGGGACUAAGAGGACGCGCUGGCAGGGCUGAGCGGGACUAAGAGGACGCGCUGGCAGGGCUGAGCGGGACUAAGAGGACGCGCUGGCAGGGCUGAGCGGGACUAAGAGGACGCGCUGGCAGGGCUGAGCGGGACUAAGAGGACGCGCUGGCGGGGCUGAGCGGGACUAAGAGGACGCGCUGGCAGGGCUGAGCGGGACUAAGAGGACGCGCUGGCAGGGCUGAGCGGGACUAAGAGGACGCGCUGGCAGGGCUGAGCGGGACUAAGAUAACGCGCUGGCGGGGCUGAGCGGGACUAAGAGGACACACUGGCAGGGCUGAGCGGGACUAAGAUAACGCGCUGGCAGGGCUGAGCGGGCUCUACGUGAUGAGCCGGACGGAAAGACACGAGGGAGGCGGAAAAUCACACGACGGGGCGGGUGUGGAAACAGGAACGGGGCUGCAGAGCUCCGCGCUGCUGCGGGCGUAAAGCUGAGACCAAACCCCGACCUCGCGGAGGUUUAACGGCCCUGCCGGACUAGCACAGGGCACUUUUCUGGAACUUUCCAAGCCAGAGGCUCCUUGGGGCGGGAAGUACGGGGAUGCGGUGAUGCUGUCAGGUAUCAGCCACAAAGAACAUUCACAUCAAGGUAUUUUUGCUUAAUAAAAAAGAAAAACGAAGAAAAAAAAAGUGAGAUUGAGUCAGGGACUAGAUCUGAAAGGUCACCUGUAAAUUCUUUGAUACAAAGACUGUGUGUGUGUGUGUGUGUGUGUGUGUUUGGAAGAGACAAUAACAAAAGACUCAGAGUAAUGUUUA